CUCGCGUUGGAAUGUUGUGUUCUCUAACAUUUUGCAAGAUGGCUGGCGAAGUAGAAGAUGUGUGUACUUGAGAAUUAUUUAUUGUUUUUCCUGAUUUGGUAAAGGGUGACUGAAUUGUUAACGUCAUGUUUUUACGUAAGCUUGUUACUUAGACUGAGGAGCAUAAUAAAACCACGUACUAUAUCGUGCUGGCAUUGCUUGAACGAUUGUUCUUUUAACGUUACAGAUUAAAAUAUUUUAACAUAAUCACCAUGGCAAAACGACCAGCGGAAGGAGAUGCCAACACAAGUGGACAACCACCCAUCAAGAAAGUACAAUUUGAACCCAUACGAAUUGGACCAAUAUCAACUUUAGAAGAGAUGGACAUGAAAGUUCUUCAGUUUCAAAAUAAAAAAUUAGCUCAACGCCUGGAGCAGCGACACCGUCUGGAAGCUGAACUUCGUCAACGUAUUGAACAAUUGGAGAAACGACAGACCCAAGAUGACGCUGUUCUUAAUGUUGUAAAUCGUUAUUGGAAUCAGCUAAAUGAAGACAUACGAGUCCUCUUACAACGAUUUGAUGCUGAAACAGCAGAUGAAUCUGAGAACCGAAAUGAAAAUGAAGCAACAACAUCAUUCUUGAUGCAGCUGUCCACAUGGGACAAGGAAGAAUUAGAUGAAAAGUUGGCAAAUCGUGUUCAAGUAUCAAAAAGAGCUGUAGCAAAAGUCAUUCAAGCAUUUGAUCGUCUUAUGCAAAGAAAUGAGAAGAUUACACUUGCUCUCAAAGGCGAACUUGAUGGAGGUUAUUGGAAUCUUCUCCCAUCUUGUGAUCCGUAUGAAGCUCCAAAUAUGGAUGAGACAAUCCGACAAGCCAACAUUGAAAUUCAAGGUGAAAAUAGGAAUUUGCAAGCACUAAACACAUCAUUACAUGAAAAAUAUCAUACUAUUUCACUUAAGAUGGCAGAAUUUCAAGAUAGUUUAACAGGGAAGGAGACUGAAGCAGCUGAACUCCGAAACCAGAUUGACGAUUUGCAGUAUGAAUUGCUGAAAGUACAGUCUCGAAAUGACAAGCUGGAGAACCACUUGGCAGAAGCCAUUGAGAAACUUAAAACUUAUCAGCAGAUACAUGGUGAAGAUAAGGGUAUAGUGAAACCUGUAGUCACUACCAGUGUCUCGCAAAAGAAGCUAGACGAUCUCCAGAAAGAAGUAGAAGAACUUCGGGAGUUAGCUAACAACCGCCUUCAAGAGCUGGAUAAACUGCAUCAGCAACACAGAGAUUCACUCAAAGAAGUUGAGAAACUUAAGAUGGAUAUUCGUCAGCUUCCUGAAUCUGUCAUAGUUGAGACUACAGAAUACAAGUGUCUACAGUCCCAGUUCUCUGUCCUGUACAAUGAAUCCAUGCAGCUUAAAACACAACUUGAUGAGGCUCGCCAGCAACUUCAGACUAGCAAAAAUGCUCACUUACGUCACAUUGAAAUGAUGGAGAGCGAAGAACUGAUGGCUCAGAAGAAACUACGAACAGAAGUAAUACAGCUGGAAGACAUUCUAGCACAACUUCGCAAAGAAUAUGAGAUGCUGCGCAUAGAAUUUGAACAGAAUUUGGCAGCUAAUGAGCAGACAGGUCCAAUUAACAGAGAGAUGCGCCACCUUAUUACAUCCCUUCAAAAUCACAAUCAGCAACUUAAAGGGGAGGUACACAGAUAUAAGAGGAAAUACAAGGAUGCUAAUGCUGAGAUACCAAAGCUUAAGAAGGAAUUAGAGGAACUAACUGCUCGCAUGGGUCAACAGACAGCCCAAGAAAUUAAGGAAGGCUCUUUAUCAGAGUCCUCAUGUAAGGAAGAGGAAGUGUCAACUGACAAAAGUACAGUUCAGGUGAAAGAGGAAGCUGGGACAUGUGCUAAUAAAGAAGGGAUGGAGGAAGAGGCAGAGGGCGAAGAGGGGGAUCGUGAAGCAGAUAAAGACCGUCAACUCACAUCCCCACCAAUUAAGAAAGAAAAGGAUAUAAAAAGAGAAAAAGAUGUAAAGAAGGAAAUUAAGACAGAGAAGGAUCACAGGGAGCAACACAGAGCCAAAGAUGCAAAGGUGGCUGAAUCAGAGUUGGUACGAGAUCUUAAGGCUCAGCUGAAGAAAGCUGUAAAUGAUCAGAAAGAGAUGAAGCUUCUGCUAGACAUGUACAAAGGUGUUAGUAAGGAGCAGCGAGACAAAGUUCAGUUGAUGGCUGCUGAAAAGAAGACACGGGCUGAGCUGGAAGAUGUUCGUCAGCAACUCAAGAAGAUGCAGGUGCAACAUUCGCCUGUUACUCAAAUGGCAGAAAACAAACGAGAGGAGCGCAAAAAGCUUUGCGAUGAAGAUGCAAUGCGCAAGAUUAAACAGUUGGAAGAGCAAGCAUACCAGUUACAAAAACAAGUGGCAUCCCAGAAACAGGUAGAUGGCAGUUGGACUUCACACAGCAACUUUAACCUUAUGAGACCAUUUGAAGAGGAAGCAUUGCUGAAUGAAAUGGAAGUGACAGGACAGGCAUUUGAAGAUAUGCAGGAGCAGAACUCAAGGCUGAUUCAGCAGUUGCGUGAGAAAGAUGAUGCAAAUUUCAAAUUGAUGACCGAACGUAUCAAAUCUAAUCAGUUACAUAAACUUGCACGUGAGGAGAAGGAUGUUCUUAAAGAACAGGUGGCUACCCUCACAACACAAGUAGAGGCAACUAAUGUAGUGGUACGCAAGUUGGAGGAGAAAGAGCGCAUUUUACAAAACUCUCUGGCAACUGUUGAAAAGGAAUUGGCCUUAAGACAGCAGGCCAUGGAAAUGCACAAACGCAAAGCAAUUGAAAGUGCCCAGUCUGCAGCAGAUUUGAAGUUACAUCUUGAAAAGUACCAUGCUCAAAUGAAAGAGGCACAGCAAGUUGUAGCAGAGAAGACAAGUUCAUUAGAAGCAGAAGCUUAUAAAACAAAAAGACUUCAGGAAGAAAUAGCACAGUUGCGUCGCAAGGCAGAGCGCAUGAAGAAAAUAGAAAUGGCAGGAACCUUAGAUGAAGUGAUGAUGGAAGAGAUACGUGAAUACAAAGAAACACUAACGUGUCCUUCUUGUAAAGUUAAACGUAAAGAUGCUGUACUCAGCAAAUGUUUUCACGUGUUUUGUUGGGACUGUCUGCGUACUCGGUAUGAAACCAGACAAAGGAAGUGUCCAAAGUGCAACGCAGCCUUUGGUGCUAAUGACUACCAUCGCCUGUAUCUUUCAACAUAAGAUUUGUAUAUGAGAUUGAAAUUGUAAGUAUUAAGUUGUUAUCCCUUCUCUGCAUCACAGUUUGCUGUAUGUAAAUAAAUAAUUUUGGAAUUCCUGUUCCAAACAUAACCUCUCUGAAAGGAGAUAUAAGAACCAGUGAAAAGAAAAUAUGUACAUUAAACCGUAUAAGUCACUGAGUUAAGCUUCAACAUGUCUUGAGUAGUUCAUUUCUAAAGUCUGACUGUACCAUGGUUACUAUAAUGUUCCCUUGUAACAAAUAUAUACAGCUGAUUUUCCAUUUUCAGAAGCUGCAUUUUAGAAGAACAAAAAUCCAAUUCUGCAUGGUUUGAGGUUUGUAUAUUACAAUUAGUAUUACUUGAUUUAUGGACUUUGUUUGUUGUCUGUAUUCCAAAAUGAACAUCCAUUAUGCAGGAAAAAUGUGGGAAGUACCUAUUCAGUUGGUUCUGUUAGAAAGAGCUAAUCAAAAUCACUGGACUUUUGGGUCACUUGUCUGGUCCAAUCUUUCUAAUGGACUCAUCUGAGUAGGUAUUCUCUGCCUUUUCACCUGAAGAUGGAAACAAACCAGUGUCCAAAACAUGUUCUUUUUGGAAUAUUGAACAGUGGACAAAAACCAGAAAUCCAAUAAUACUAAUUUAAAAUAAAGAUUAAUUAAACACCUUCAGCCAUUUUCAUUUGAACAUAUUUAACAUCAUUUAACAUGUUCAUAUUUAUUGGGUUUGCAGAGAUGAAUAACUUCAAGCUUAUUACUGAGAAUGAGUGUUCGGACUUAGGUGCUGUUGAGUAAAGCAAAUGUCAAAACAUGUCAUUAAGAUUUUGAAGGUGUUGUUGCUUUGUGAAAUGUCCUCUAGUUUUGCUGUUGAAAUGAUGUUUACAAUAUUUUUCCAUAGCAGAUCUAAAAUAUAUUUCAUACAGCUGUCAUUAUUUUAAUUCCUUGCAAGAAUAAAAGAAGAUGCAUUGUUUUUAA